AUGAGCAAUGAUUGGAGGGUGUGGGUUAUGGGGACAAGGCAGAAGGCGGAGGCGGAGGAAUUCGCCGCGUUUGUCAGGGACGAGACGUGGUGGAAGGCUGCUGAGUUCUUCGUGAAGCUGAUGAAGCUGGUGUAUGUGGUGAUGCAGGCAGUUGAUUCGAGCGCCAAGGCAAUGAUGGGUCGGAUGUAUGACAUGAUGUGGCAAUUGACACAAGAUGUGGAUGGUUUGCUGAAGGGAGAUGGGGAGUUGUUGAGUGAUGCGGAGAAGGAUGGAAUCUUGAGGCUUGUGAAGGAGCGGUGGCACGGGAGCUUUGCAAGUACUUUGCACGUGGUGGGCCAGAUCCUCAAUCCGGCCAACCAGGAUCAUGAAUGUUCUGGAGGGGGGCUGGAGGUGGCAGCAGAGGACAGCCUUGACUCUCUAGUCUCGGCGGAGUGUGAUGUGGACGAGGAGUCGGUAGAGGAGGAGGAGGACGAGGAGGAAGAGGUGGGGGAGGAGGAGGGGGAGGAGGAAGAGGAGGAGGAGGAAGAGGAGGAGGAGGAGGAAGAAGAAGAAGAGGCGGAGGAGGAGGGGGAGGAGGAGGAGGAGGAGGAGGAGGAGGAGGAGGAGGAGGAGGAGGAGGAGGAGGAGGAGGAGGAGGAGGAGGAGGGGGGGGAGGAAGAGGAGUAA